UGAAAUUAAGCUUCAAUAAAAGAAUGGAAUAGCGAUUGUGAAUUUGGAAUUCGCUCUAUAAUUAAAAAGUGCACAAAUUUUUACACGCCGAGUGAGAUUGAGAAAAUAUUGUAACAACUUGUUAAUCAACGAUUGUAAAAACUGAAACUCCAGACCAAUAUAUUAAAAUAUCGAACAUUGUGAAAAACAUUCAUCCGCAAAGCUGGCACCCUGCAACUGUUUUCCAGUGCGUUCAAUCAAGUAUCAACGGCAACGGAUGACAGAGUCUGCAAAAGCAAACGAAAUUUUGUGAAGCAAACACACGACUGGAAGAGGGCCUCGUCUUCGAAAGCUGUGAAUCUGUUAUUGAGAUUGUACAAAGUCGCUGUUAAAAUUGUCAAUAGUUGUAUUCGAUAAAAUUCGCAAAUCGUGCGCGAUUCAAUAUUCUGCUUGAGAACGGUUUCAAGCAGUGAGAAAAGGGAUUUUUCGCCUUGUCUGCGUAAAAAGAAGCGAGUGUCACAGAAAGGAAGGGGAAGACAGAAAACCUCAACAGAGGGAAGCCAUCAUCGUCACCUACUAACGUUACAAAGCGCCGUCACAAAAGGUGCUAGAGCUGAAGAGUUUUUUUUUCCGAUUUGUAAUCCACUGGUUGGAAUUUUUUUUUGUUACAUACAUAAUACGGAAUAGACAUUAGUGCACCGAACAUGGCACAGAAUAUUAAUCCGGAACGUGCCGCUUCGUCGAAUCCAUCAAAACAGAACGACGAGACGUUAAUAAAUAAUAACAGUCAUGCCGUUAGCAAAAGGCUCCAAAAGGAACUGAUGGCGCUGAUGACGACGUCGGAGAAAACCAUCUCAGCCUUCCCGGAGGGUGAAAACUUCUUCAAAUGGAUAGGCACCAUUUGUGGCCCCAAGGAUACGGCCUACAAUGGCCAGAAGUACAAAUUGUUACUGGAGUUCCCUAAUUCGUAUCCGUAUUCGGCUCCGAACGUGAAAUUCAUCACACCCUGCUUCCACCCAAACGUCGACCUGAGUGGGUCCAUCUGUCUAGAUAUACUGAAGGAUAAGUGGUCCGCGCUGUACGACGUCCGGACGAUUUUGCUCUCGAUCCAAUCGCUGCUGGGGGAGCCAAACAAUGAGAGUCCCCUGAACUCGCAAGCUUCCCAGUUGUGGCCCAACCAGGUCGAGUACAAAAAGUAUCUGGAAGAGUUCUACGAGAAGCAUAAAGAUGCAUAAGCGGCCAGCCCGUGAAGGCCACCGUGGAAGUAUGAGCGCGAUACAAUGAUGAUGAACGAAUGCGCGAGAGAUAGCAUAUAAACAGUGAGAUAACAAUUACGGGACGAGAAUCGGUGCACACUCACAAAUCACAAACAAAACGAAUGCAACAGAGGAUAACGUAAUUACGAAGAGGAAAGAAGAGAAUCGGACAAAAGAUGGGUACACUGGAAAACGAUAAGUGAGGAUGUUCAAAUAUUUCUUUUGGCUGAUCCGUAAUAGUUUGUAAAAUGAAGCAUUUUCUUUUUGUAUAGAAACAUUUAGAAGCUUUCCAGAACAAGUUGCGAAUCGUUUUAAAUUCUGAUAUAUUUAUUCUAUAGAAUCGACCAGAAUGUUUAUUGUAUGAUUGAUUCAUGUACUAUGAUCUGUUUUUUUUUAUAUAUAAGUUUUUCAACAAUACGUGUGUCUUGUUAGUAUUUGAAACAAAACUGAAAAAAGUCGUUAAUCAUAAUAAUAUAACGGUAAACAAGAAAAAAACAUACAUUCGAAAUUAGCUAAAACAAAACAUUUUAAGCAAUUCCAAAACCUACGUUCCGAAUAUUUCGUCACACAAUGUGUAUUAAAGCAAAUUUCAUCGACAGACAAACAUCAAUCCAAUAUUUGUAUGCCCGACUUUGUCAAGAGAAUAGUUCGUAAUUAUCAUAGAGCUAAAGUAAAAAAAAAAACAAUUUAUUUUAGCUUGAACUAAGGAAAACUUGAUUGAUUAGAGUCUUGCCUGUUGCAUUGAGAUUUAUCUAUUAAAGAUCAAUCCCACGAUCGAAACUCGAAGCAUAGAAUUCUUCGCAGCGUUUUGAAGCUUAUAGCGUUUUGAUUUGGUUUUGACCACAUGCGCAACUUUCAUUGAACAAUGUACGUGACACAGUUGCUGCCAGACAAAAGUGAAUCGGAUAAGCGAACCACGAUAAUUCUUAGCACACCUGCAUUUUUGUUUCUCCCUCUCUCCAUCGUUUUAACUGUUUGCAUAUUUUAAUUAGAUACACAAUUGGUCUUUGUAAACGUAAAUAAAUUACAAUUAUUGUACUGUAGUAUUGUCCAUUGCAGUGUUCGAUAGAUGACAUCCUGAAAACCCACGAUGCUCCAUCGGUGGAAAUCAAGUUAAACAUGUGUAAGUAAGUUCUGUA